GAACUUUUUUCUCAUACGCACGUUUGAACAACGCGUGUUCAACCACAAAAGACAGAUUGUGUGUUACGCCAAAGAUUAUGUUCCGCUCCACCGUAGCUCGCUUGUCUGGCAGUCCCACCUACGGGAACUGGCCGUGGCCUGCAAAGCUCCCGCUCAAGAAAGACUGGUACCACCGCCUGAGCCGGCGUGAAAGCAUCGCUGACGAGACGCGCCAGUAUAUGGUGGUCGGCGAUGCUUUGCUAGUGUGCGUCAUGGCGUUCUCGGCGUACCGCGUCUAUGUAUUGAACCGGAACAACUCCUAUCAGACGCAUCUGUGCCAUCUGAUGAACUGCCCUCCGGCGAUUAUUGCCAACGAGUUCGACUUCAAGAACCCGAGCGCCAACCGCACCCUGGAGCGCAAGGACCUGGACACGUAUCGCGAGGAGGUAGUGUCGACAAAGGCCAGCGGAAAACCGCUUGAGUCCGUCAUCUUUAAGUAUUAG